AUGAUUAAGAAAAGAAUAGAGGUUAUAGUGAAGGUUGUCGCCAUAUUAUACCUAAUAUAUUUAUUUUGUAGGUCAUUUUCGGUGCCGAAAUAUAAAUCAAAAACAGAAUUUCACACCAAUACCUUAGAUCUGAUCAAAGAAUUGGAACACCAUACAAACUGGCUUAAGUAUGGGUUCAAAUUUCAUUCAAAUGCAAGGGCUAAUUUACCAGAGCAUGCCACAUUAAGACAACAAUUAUCAUUUCAGUUUCCAUACGAACCUGCAAAACCAUUCCAGAAAAAUAUUUGGCAAACGUGGAAGGUACCCAUUGAACAUCCAAACUUUCCAAAGAAAUAUAAGAAAUACCAAGCUACAUGGGAUGAUAAGAAUCCAGGCUAUAAGCAUUAUGUGAUUCCUGACGAAUCUUGCGAACAGUUAAUUAAUCAAUUGUAUGCUACAGUUCCGGAUGUUGCUAGGGCGUACAAUAUUAUGCCUAAAAGUAUUUUAAAGGCUGAUUUCUUCAGGUACUUGAUUCUAUAUGCAAAAGGGGGAUUAUACACAGAUAUUGAUACUAUUAGCAUCAAACCAAUAGAUACUUGGGUCUCCAUGAAUGAAACUGUUGAUGGCUCGCCAAAUAUGGCAGGAUUGGUAGUUGGUAUAGAGGCAGAUCCUGAUAGGGAAGAUUGGGCUGAUUGGUAUGCAAGGAGAAUACAGUUUUGUCAAUGGACCAUACAAGCAAAAAGAGGACACCCGAUGCUAAGAGAGUUGAUUUCUCGAAUCACGGACAUAACAUUAACCAGAGAAAAGAAAGGCCAAUUGAACAAAAUUCUUGGUAAGGAUGCUGGUGGAGAUAUUAUGAACUGGACUGGUCCCGGUAUUUGGACAGACGUGGUAUUUGAAUACAUGAACAAUAUUUCACAACCACCAGAUAAUUUCAAAACUAAGACAUACGAUGAUAUCAUUAACGUAUCGGUAUUUACAGGUAUGACAAUACCUGUAGCAAUUCAGGAUGUGCUAGUAUUGCCAAUUACUUCCUUCAGCCCAGACGUUGGACAAAUGGGUGCCAAGGACACCUCGCAUCCUAUGGCUUAUGCCAAACAUAUGUUCCUGGGUAGUUGGAAGCCUGAAGAUGAAAAAAUUAUAAAUACAUAG